UUUAGAAAAGUAGUGCAGCAGAAGAAAGGAGUCGAUCAUACGAUUAAGGAGUAGCUACGUAGAAUGGUGACACUAAAAUUGCUUCCAUUUGAUGCGCACAAUCACAUCCAACUUGGGCCUCCUCCAACUCCACCACUCUUGGCGUCUGGAAACAUCAAUACCUCAAUUGAAAAUGAUAACCAAGACUAUGAUUUUGAAAAUGACAGGGCAUCUCUCGUAAGCAGCCUCAGCGAUUAUUUAUUGCAAGAAAUUCUCGGCAAACAAUUAUCAGGAAUGGCGAUCAUGUCGACGCAUCCCCGCGACUUUCCCACAAUUCUUGGUUUGGAACGAGAGAUCAAGGAUGCCAUUGCAACCUUUCCAAGUAGUAAUCUCGUUGAGGAAAACAUGAAAAUUCUACCGUGUUUUGGCGUUCACCCAUGGUUUUUGCACGAAUUAGAUUCCGAUAACGACUGGGCGCUGGUUUCGUCCUCGCUCGACGGUGAAUUGGUUCCAAAAUGGACGGCUGGGCUUGAAGAGCUCUUGCAAAAACAUCCCCAUUCCCCUGUUGGCGAAAUAGGCCUUGAUGGCUUUCAUUUUCGUUCGAAAGGUGACGCUAAAGAGUUGACAACACCCAUGGACAAACAGGUCGAAGCAUUCUUGCUCCAACUGAAAAUCGCCACGAGGCUUCAGCGACCGGUUAGUCUCCAUUGUGUUCGUUCCUUGGGAAACAUGAUGGAUUCCUUUGAGAUGGUAGCGUCGGAAAACUAUGAACGGUUGGUAGUAGAAGUAGAAAAGGGAGCAUGGAUUCCGAAAGAUAUCGAACUAAGGGUCCUUCCCCCACGAAUAUAUUUCCAUGCCUUUGGGGGUAAGGCUUCCACAGUGACACAGCUGAUCAAAACACUAGAAAAACCUAGACGAAUUAAAAUACCUCAGAACACAAGCGGCGACGUCGACACAAACACAGGGCGAAAGAAAUUUGUCAAAAUCACACCACCCAAGGUAUACUUCGGAUUUGCGCCCCCUGUCAAUUUCCAAAGCCCGAAGACGCCAUCGGUGGUACAAGCCGUUGGCUUGCAAAGGUUAGUGCUGGAAACCGACCGUGAAGAUAUCCGGGCAAUCAAACCUGAUUGUCAACAAGCUAUCCCAUGGCUAGCGUCCGUCCUGGAGGUCUCUGAGGAAGAGCUGGUCCGCAUCACUAACACCAACGUGCAGGACUUGUAUUAUUCUUGGAAAAGCCCAACACAGACGUCUGGUACGUAGUAACUUUCCGAUUUUAGUUGCUGAAACGAACUUUCGCUUUUCAAUUAAAAAAACGAUAAUUAGGGACGUAAUGUAGAUUACAAUUACUAAAGAGAAAUAAUAUGRACUUUUCCUU